AUGAAUGGUGCUCGACCUCUUACGAAGCACACAAAGGAUCAGAACAACACAGCUCAGUUGGCCAAUGAGUUUAACAACUUUUAUAUGGCUAUUUCCUCGCCAAAAAUCAGUCAAAUUGGAAACUACAGGAUUACAAAGGAAAUUGGUGAAGGUGCAUUUGGAAAAGUAUACCUCGCUACUCAUGUUUUGCUAAACGUUAACGUUGUUUUGAAAUGUGGAUUGAUUGACGAUCCUAAUAUCGUGAGAGAGAUUUACUAUCAUAGACAACUAAAACACAAGAACAUUGUUUGUCUUUACGAGGUGAUAAAGACAGAAAACCAUCUAUGGAUUGCUAUGGAGUACUGCGAGGGAGGGGAAUUGUACUAUUUGGUCUAUGAAAAAAGACGGUUGGAACUUGAAGAAUGUCGUCAUAUAUUUUUCCAAAUCGUUUUGGGAGUUCAAUUUGUCCACUCAAUGAACUUGAGCCAUCGAGAUUUAAAGUUGGAGAAUAUACUUUUAUCUGAUAGGAAACGAAAUUGUGUGAAGUUGACUGAUUUUGGAUUCAUUAGAGAGUUUAACCCACACUCAAGACGAUUCUUGACAACAAUUUGUGGCACAACAGUGUACAUGGCACCAGAGUUGUUAUUGGGGCAAAAAUACUCUGGAUUCGCUAUAGACAUAUGGUCCAUGGGUAUAAUAUUGUACACCAUGCUCUAUGGGGUGCUUCCGUUUGAUGAUGAUGAUGACAUGAAGGUGAAGUCAAAAGUCAUAAGCGAGAACCCGGCUUUGGCUGAUUUUGUUCCCGAGGAGGUUAAUCAAUUGAUUUUGAAAAUGUUGAGCAAAGAUCCAACAAAGAGACCAGGAAUCACUGAGAUUUUGAACUCCCCUUUUCUAAUUGAUUCAUAUAACAAGCAUUUGGAGAAGAAUCAAAAAAGGGUAGUGGGAGAUGGCGAGUCGAUUCUUUCCAUCAGUCAGCAUUAUAAUCGUAUGCAAAGACCAUUUGACACAAGGAUAGAACGUGAAUUGGUUCGUAAAUUACAGAAAUUGAAUGUCGACAUUGACGAACUUCAGGCAAGCAUAUACAGUAAUGAAAUGAAUUCAUUGACUGCAUUUUACGAGCUAUUGUUAACACGAGAAUUUUCAAAGAAAAAGAAGAGGUACAUUAGAGAUAAAAAACGGAAAUAUUUCGAAGCAAGAAAUUCUUUACGGAAAUCGCGAAAGAAAGUGAAAAGUGCCCUUUCUAUCUCGGACCAGUUGUCUGGCUCGCAACCAUUGGAGCGAAUUAUUUCGUCUUUGAGCAUAGCCUCCAACAAGAAUUCAAGCAAAACAAAUCUCGCUCGGUUGUCCACAUAUUCAAGAAAGUCAGGUGACAACAUGGAUGUGCGUAACCUGCCGAGGUCGCAACUGAAUGCACGAUUCAGUAUUGAUCGGGAAAACCCUCAACAUAACUUAACCGGCGAAAUUGUUCGGUCGGAUGGUACAGCACCAUCGCAGGCUAUUUCCCCAACAUCUACCAAAAUUGAUAUUCCUUUGCAUAGAGUUGUCUCUUUUGUUCCUCAAGAAAGAAGACAUUCGGAUGCGGCAUCCACGGGAGACUCAUUGAAAAAGCAAAACAAGGGUGGAAAAAUCCUAAAUAAAUUGCAAUUUUGGAAAAGGGACAAGAAUGGGAAUGAAGGUGAGAAAGAUGAUUCAACUUCGGUUGUUAGUAAAAAAUCAGAGAAAUAUGACAACGACGCUGGCAGUGGUGAUCUGGAGUUCCAAGUACAACAAAGCCCACAAAAGUUCAACCGCAGUCAGGCCUCGUUUGAGGUAGGCGACCCGGAGCAAACACCAGCACCUUCAGGGUCUGUUGCAGGCCCAGACAGGAUCGAAUUGGAAACACCCAAUGAGAUACAAGUUCCAGGCUCAAAUCAUUUGUCCCCCAUGUCAAAUGAGGGCAGAGGAUUAGCCCGGACGCGCCCCUCGUCAAUGGUUUCACAAAUUAGUCAAAUCAGUAGAUUGAGUCAGCUAUCAACUAUGUUAUCAGAGUCAGAAUUAGACAUACUAGAUGAAACGGAUACAUUGGAUGACGACGACGAGGAGGACGAGGCUUAUGAGUCUAGCAUUAGUAUGUCACAAGAUGGAAGAUCUUCCAUCGGAAUGGCUACGGGAAGCAGUCGAGCUCCACCCAAAAAGAGACCCAGUUACCGAAGAGGUGUAUCUUCUGAUCAAUCUAUACAGUCGGUAUCUACUACUGGCGGACAGUCUACUGUCAAGAAGAAACUGUCGAUGUCAAAAGUAAUGAGUAAUUCAUCAGAUGAUACUCCCAGUGAAUCAAGGUAUGCAGAUGAAACGCCACCGUUGAACGGAGAAUUGAAUUUGCCGCCCCAAUUUGCAACGAAAAACAAACCAUCAAGCCUUGUCACUCCAACUCCUGUUUCACAAAGUAACUCAACCUACCCAAACUUCAACACCAACGAAAUGGAGAGGGUACCAGCCUUCAGGUCACAAUCGCCCCCAGUUAUCAACUUUAGACAAGGUCAAAAACCAACAUCAUCAAGAGGCGAUGUCAAGACGAGUCGGAAGUAUAUCCCUCCUUCUUUUGCCAGCAAAAGCAGCGCGGUGUCUACCAACUAUCAAGACACAAAACAGCUUAAUGAUUGGUUGAACAACCCGUUGAACAACAAUAAUGGCUCUCAUGGAUAUUCUAAUAAGACCAUGUAUGGGCCAAUAAUUGACGAGGAGGACGAGUAUGACGAUGUAUAG